UCCACUCUUUUGCCAAUAGCACUUGUGUUUAACGUCAGCUAACCUAAAAGUAGCAAGUGUCCGGUUGAUCGUCGUUGGAUUUUGAUGAAAUUGUUACUUUUAAAAUGGAAAUAUAACGACGAUUUCGUAUUAACCUUUCCAACGCGCGAAAAAUGAUGUCAGUAUGAUCCUCGCUAAAAUCUCUGCUCUAUGAUUAGUGCGUAAAAACGCGAACAUAACCUCAACAUGCUCUCCGAGGUUGACGUGUUUAUUAGCAACUAUACGCUGGUCGAUCCCGAAAUCUACCAGCUCUGGGUCGACGGACACACCUCCAGUGACGCGGUCAACAUUUUGCAUCAGCGAGGAAUUUGUCAGCAAACUAACGCACCGCUCGAGUUGGUUGCGUCAGACGUUCUCGAUCAUUAUCGCACCUAUGCUUUGCUUGAAAAACUGCUUCACACCCCUACGAAACUCGCCAGUGAGCAACUGGCCUUUCAGAUAGAACCACAGACCGGUCAGAUGCUCAUAGAAAUGUAUUAUGAAUUUGACGAUGUCGUUAUACGCGAAUUACUGGGGAAAAAGAUUACGUCCAAAAGUAGAAAGGAUAUGGACGAAGUUGCGGAAAAGACAGGGAUCACGUUGAAGAGCUGUAGGAGACAAUAUGACAAUGUAAAAAGGAUAUUUAAAACUGUCGAGGAUCUCCCGGGUUCCCUUGCAACCAACAUCAAACAACAUUUCUUACUUUCCGAGGAUCUCGCUAAGCGAUACGCUGCAGUGGUGUUCAUAGCAUGCCUGCGAUUCGAAAUGAACAAGAGAAAAUUACAGUUUCUAACAUUUCCUGAUCUGUACCACUGCGCCAACAGUAUGAUGUCGUCAUGGACGUAUCGUUGCGUCGGAUCCGAAUACUUUGACACCGACUUGGAUAGGGAAUUUUUGCAAGAAUUAUCGGAAUGCCGAGUUCUUCUGGAAAACGAUAAACAUCACAAACACUUGGUAUGCAUUAAACUCAAACCGAUGCUUCUCGAUCGAUCUUAUCAAGAACUAGACUUAAACUUUCGUUCGUACUCGAGAGCAAUACUCGGAAUUGGAUGCAACCUGCACAGAUCACGAGAAUUGAGAUUUUUCUUCUUGGAACUAGUGGAAAGAUGCAUCGAGCCCUGGCGACAGGUGAAUUGGACGCAUUCCGAUCUACGAAAUUUCUUGGCUAUCUAUACACAGUGUGCUCUUGACAUGGAUGUACUUAGAGAAGGAGAAUUGAGAGACGCGUUCGAACGUUACAUGACAGUAGUGACAUGCUGUCUGUUACGUAUGUAUCAUACAUAAGUAUUAAUAUAGAAAAAUAAAAUUAUGUUGUGUAAUAUAUAUACUUAUAGAAGGUACUUAUAGAAGUAAAUGAUAAAAAUCUGAUAAUUUGUACAUUAUUUAUUAAUUUUCUGUAAUAAAUAGUAGACGUAUGCAGCAUCUUGUAUGCUGCCCAUAA